AUGGAAUAUUACUGCCACGCGUGUACAUCUCAAGGGAGGCUGGUUGGCGGAGUCUGUAGCCGCUGCCAGAGCGAGUUCGUUGAGGAGAUACGUCAUGAUAUCCCGGGCACGGAGGUGAGCACGCCAGAGUACAACACUAUAAAUCCAAUAGAGGAGUUCAUGAGGGGGCUCUUUGGUGGACAACGUGUGCAACGAGCGCAAUCGGGGCGAUCUGGGCGAUCAGCGCACUCAGGGCAUUCACAUUUCACUCCACCCAGUCCACCCGCCAACUCAGCCACUCAUCCAGCCAGCAGACGCGGUUAUGUGAUGAUAGGCAGUGGCGCUAAUCCCAUGACCUUCUCGUUUGGAGGGCAGGCCACAGAGAACAGGCACGACACAGAGAAUCCAGAGAAUACACAAGACGCACGCAACCUAGAGAACCCCACUUUGAGCGACUUCCUCGCCAAUUCAUUCCAGCCACCACCAAUACACUCGAGUACGCGGCCAGACAGCAGCAGUGAUAACACCAACAACAAUAACAUCGGUGGCUACAUCCAAAACCUCUUGUCGUCUCUGCUCGGAUCGAGUGAUGUGCCUUCAAUGUCGUUUAGCGGUGGAGAAGCGCGUUUCGGUGACUACAUACUAUCGCAGGGUGCAUUUGAUAGGUUCGUUGAUGAAUUAAUGGAGAAUCAGCAGACAUCCUCCGUUAUACCCGCAUCAGAUGAGCGUAUUGCGCGACUCGAGCGUGGUUUAGCUGAUAUGGGCUGGAUACGCGCGCAGGAAAUCACAGACUGCUCAAUAUGCAAAGAGGACUUCAAGUGUCUCGCUGGAUGGCUCAAUAUCAAUGGCACGUGUCCGAUUUGCAGGUACAGCGUCGCAAUGGAGAGGCAAGACUCUGACCCCACAACUAACAUGCCAGGCUCGUUUGGCGGUACAAUUGGUCCAUCAGAUAACGUACAAUCAGAAGACGUAGAUUAG